AUGCAGCGCUCGGGGGCCUGGGGUGGGGUUGCAGCGCUCAGAGGCCCAGGCGGGGGGGUGCAGAGAUCGGGCCCGGGGCGAAGGAGGCGUCUGGAGCGCGGGAACGGCAACACGGGGUCCGCAGGGGCGGCCGCUGGAAGGGGCCGCAGUGGCGCUCCUGGAGCCCGGGACCCUGGCCUGCUGCACGUGAGGCCGAGGCUGGAGCUGGAGGCAACCGGGCUGGUACCUCCUGGGCAGCGGGACGCCCCUGGCCUUGUAAAGACAUACAAGAGUAAUGCCGCAGCUGUGUUUAUCGAUGGCUGUGGUGCGGCUGAGCUGCCCCUGCUGAGAAGCGCUGGUGAGAGCAGGCAGUGGGCCUCAGACCUCGCCACGUCCCCUGGGGGCUUGCGACACAAGCUGCUGGUUCCAGCCUGCAGAUUCCAGCCAGUGAGUGGACCAACGGGCUUCAUCUUUAACAAGCUCCCAGAUCUUCAAGAGGAGGUUCUUGAGAGCAGGCGUGAAGGCGAGAUGUUCACCAUGCCGUUGGGCCCUUUGCUGCACCAGGCCUGCCUGUGGGCGCUGGCACAGUCAGGACAGAUCAGAGCGAUGCCCGAAUUCUGGCAGGGAGGUGGCCAUGUGGUCGGCUGGACCAGGGUCCCCUUGGUUCUGGGGCUGACUCGCUCCCCCCUGCAUGUGAGCACGCACGGCAUCCAUCAGACCCGCUGGCGGGUCACAUGGUUCUCUGCCUGCCGCCCGUUCGCUGCUUCUCCGCAGCUGGUGGAGGUGGAGGCUCAGACCCCCGUCUGCAGAGCCGUCUACUUCCCGGGAACCGGGGGGCGUGGAAGCCCCGCCUCCUUUUUCAGCACCUUGCACCAUCACACCGACUAA